AGCGUUGCUGUGCUCGGACCCGCUGGGGAGGCCUUUCGGACGCUGCCAUGGCUGUCUAGGCGGGCCUGCCCAUGCAGAUUUUGAAGCCUGCCCUGCUAAGAGGUGCCUUGCUACCUUCCUCCCUCUGUGAAAGAAUUGAAUCGACUGUAAUCGGAAUACAAGAUGGCAAGUACCAGCCACAGCACAUAUGUCCUUCAGCAGCUAAACAACCAAAGAGAGUGGGGUUUUCUCUGUGACUGCUGCAUUGCUAUUGAUGAUAUUUAUUUUCAAGCACACAAAGCGGUCCUAGCUGCCUGCAGCUCUUAUUUUAGGAUGUUUUUUAUGAACCACCAACACACCACAGCCCAACUGAAUCUCAGCAACAUGAAGAUCAGUGCUGAAUGCUUUGAUCUGAUAUUACAGUUUAUGUAUUUAGGAAAAAUUAUGACGGCCCCUACCAACUUUGAGCAAUUUAAAGUGGCAAUGAACUAUCUACAGUUAUAUAACGUGCCUGAAUGUUUAGAAGAUAUACAAGAUACAGACUCCUCUAAUUUAAAGUGUUCAUCUUCUGCUUCUAGUACACAGAAUAGUAAAAUGAUAUUUGGUGUGAGAAUGUAUGAAGACACACUUACUAGAAAUGGCAGUGAAGUAAACAGGUGGUGUAUGGAGCCACCAAGUUCAACUGUAAACACCUCCCAUAACAAGGAGCCGGAUGAAGAAGCUUUGCAGCUGGGCAGUUUUCCUGAACAACUGUUUGAUGUUUGCAAAAAAAGCACCAUGUCCAAAUUCUCUAACACAAAAGAUCGUGUGUCACAUUCACGCCGCUUUGGAAGAAGCUUUACCUGUGACAGCUGUGGGUUUAGUUUUAGCUGUGAAAAGUUACUGGAUGAGCAUGUGUUAACAUGCACGAAUAGGCAUUCAUACCAAAAUACCAGGUUUUAUGGUAUUGAAAAAAUUGACUUUAGUGAAAAAGACGCUACUUCUAAAAUACUGUCUGCGCAAUCAGAGAACUAUAAAGGGGAUACCAGUCAAGCAGCCGAUGACUCUUCAUCUCCAGUGUCAAACAUAACAAGCAGGAAAAGUAGUAUAGUUGCAUCUGAGACGUCCGGUGAAGAAGGAAGUAGAGCCACUGAGAGGAAAAGAAUUAUCAUCAAGAUGGAACCAGAGGAUAACCCAGAAGAUGAACUGAAAGAUUUUAACAUUAUUAAAGUGACCGAUAAAGACUGUAACGAAUCUACUGACAAUGAUGAAUUAGAUGAUGAACAGGAAGAGCCACUUUACAGAUAUUAUGUUGCAGAAGAGAUCAAUGAAAAGAGACAUUCUCGAAAAACUCUAAAACCCCGGUUGUCUAUAGAUGAGAAUGCAAGAAAGUGUUUAAAAAACGCAAGGCAUCUUAACAGGAAAGCCCCCCCAGUGCAGGAAGAUGCGGAGAAUGCGCCCUGUGAACUGUGUGGGCUAACAAUUACAGAGGAAGAUCUAUCUGCUCAUUAUUUAUCUAAACACAUAGAAAAUAUAUGUGCGUGUGGCAAAUGUGGCCAAAUAUUGGUCAAGGGUAGACAGUUACAGGAUCAUGCACAGACAUGUGGAGAACCCCAGGAUCUGACAAUGAAUGGUAUAAGAAAUGCUGAGGAAAAAAUGGACUUAGAAGAGAAUCCCGAGGAACAGUCUGAAAUAAGGGAUAUGAUGUUUGCAGAGAUAUUGGAGGACUUCAGGGACAGUCAUUUCCAAAUGAACAGUCUUCCAAACAAACAGUUAUAUAAGCAUUCUGCCUGUCCUUUCCGAUGUCCUAAUUGUGGUCAGCGUUUUGAAACUGAAACUCUAGUUGUUGAACAUAUGUCAAACUGCCUAGAGCAAGAUCUGUUUAAGAAUGCUAUUAUGGAAGAGAAUGAAAGAGAUCACAGACGCAAGCAUUUCUGCAAUCUUUGUGGGAAAGGAUUUUAUCAGCGUUGUCACUUACGGGAACAUUACACUGUUCAUACCAAGGAAAAACAAUUUGUUUGCCAGACAUGUGGAAAGCAGUUUUUAAGAGAACGUCAGCUGCGGCUCCACAAUGAUAUGCACAAAGGCAUGGCCAGUAAUGAAAUAGGGACAUCUAAGCUUCUGAAGAAUUGAAAGAUCCAAGUUUGAAGAGGACAUGGGGGAGAAGCAGUGUGCAAAAGACUUCUUUAAACUCAGAACCACAUAUGCCAGACCUGAACUAGCACCAUCUUUGCCUUGCUGACAGACUACACCAGUUGGUAAUGGCACCAACAGCAGAGUCGAAUUAGAGUGCUCAGUAAAAGCCCUUUGGGACUUGUCUCCAUAUGGUAGAAGUGUAAAGGGAGAUCAAGAAUACGUUACCACACCUUUAAAGGAUCCAGUACUGCUGGGGAUGUUCAUGAGUCUGGCCCUGUGGCUAUUUUAAAACAACAGUAAAAAAGACGAUUCAAGUGUGAAUAUGAAAAGAGGAGAGAGACAGAACCCACUGGAGAGUCCUUCAGGGAGAAGACACAACAUAGCUAAGACAUUGACAGGAAAUGGAGCUAAUCUUCCAGAGAGAAUGGGAAACCUGUGGGACUGUCAGGAUUUGCAACACCUACAAGGCAAGAAGAGGGAAAUGUACACAGCUUUAACGGAUAACAUUGCACCGCUCUGGGCCUACCCAAAUUACUUAUGCAAAGGGGGUCUGGAGCAGGCUGUGACUGCUGUAACAUAGCAAUUAUUUGUAGUCUCUGUAAAACAGCAUCGGGGGCAUCCUAGGUUUUAAAGGUAUUACUUUAAAUUCCUAAUUCAUGUUUUGAUACAGUAUCUUUAAUAAAAUUUUAUUAUUCAAA